CCUUCACUGCUUUUGUUCUCCCAUUUCCAACGAGUCCGCGCUUCCGAGAAGAGGUUGGUCAGCCUGCGAAGGGAACCAAUACGAGGCAAAGCGCGGAGCCGUCCGACUGUAAACCACAUGCGAAGCCCCGUCCACUCUUGGGAUACUCGGCACGCCAUAGCAACAUAAACGGACUACUUUUUUGUCUUCUUGUUGGAGUUUUCCCACGCUUUUUCAUCUUCCACCAUCCAUACCGACUGCCUCUGCGAACUCAACAAGAUGGAGAACGACGAUAAAUAUCUCCCCGAACUGCUGGCGGAGAAGGACAGCUUGGACUCGUCAUUUACGCACGCUAUGAAACUUUUAAGCGCAGAAAUCGAUAGAGUGCAGAAAGGAGAGCCGAAGAAGGAGACGGAGACCUACCUGGACCUUUUCACAACAAAGAACAUCAAACUCAAGGAGCGAGUGCUCAUACCUGUCAAACAGUACCCAAAGUUCAAUUUCGUGGGGAAGAUCCUGGGACCCCAGGGCAACACGAUCAAGCGUCUGCAGGAGGAGACUGGCGCCAAGAUCUCCGUGCUGGGCAAGGGGUCCAUGAGAGACAAAGCCAAGGAGGAGGAACUGAGGAAAGGCGGCGAGCCCAAGUAUGCCCACCUGUCCAUGGAGCUGCACGUCUUCAUCGAGGUGUUCGCCCCCGUGCCGGACGCUUACCUGCGCAUGGCGCACGCCAUGGAGGAGGUCAAGAAGUUCCUGUUUCCUGAUAUGAUGGAUGAUAUCUGCCAGGGCCAGUUCAUGGAGAUGAGCUACCUGAAUGGAGGCCAGGAGCACGGAGGCAGAGGCCGAGGGGGCAUGCCUGUCAGGGGCCGUGGUGUCCCCCCUGCUGGAGCACACAGGGGGAGGGGGAUGCCUCCUCACGGUGCUGCGGCCAGAGGAGGUGUGACUCGAGGAGGCCCAGCCAGGGGUGGAGCGGUGAGGGGCGCCCCUGCAGGCAGAGGAGGACCUCCCGCUGCCCCCGCCAGAGGGGCCGUGGCACCACGCGCCAGACCCCCGACUGGCGGCCCGCCUCAGAGGAUGGCGCCGCCCCCUGCUCACCAGCACACAGCCGGCGCCGGCGCAGAGAACUACGACGAAUACGGUUACGACGAGAGCUACACAGACACAGCCUACGAGUCUUACGACAGCUAUUACAGCCAGCCGCAGGCAGAACCAGAAUAUUACGACUACGGACAUGGAGAGACGACCGAGUCGUACGAGUCAUACGAACAUGAGGAGAUGUGGCAAAGCCCCUGGGCCCAGGACGACUGGAACGGCACCCAGCGGACGGCUCCAGGGAAAGCGCCUCCCCCCUCUAGAGGCGGCAGCACGGCUUACCGGGAGCACCCCUACCGACAGUACUGAAGUGAAACGGACCCUCUCCACCCUUAGUGUUGCCCCGAUAAAUCGCCCGUUACCACGGCAGCUCUCGCUUUAACAAGCCUGACAAAAGUAAUUGUCCGUUUUGUCUUUGGGUUGGUCUUUUUAUUUUUGUUUUUUGUUUUUGGUUUCCCCCUUUCACUGGACUUCUACCCGACAGAGCCAAUUGGGAACUGGAAAUUGGAACUGUUUUUUCCAGAUUUGACCACAAACCCAUCCCCUACUCUCCACCCUCYKUUUGUCAUACUUCCUGUCCAGCCAACCAAAGUGGCYUUUCGAUUGGUCAGAGAGGAUUCGUGGGCACCUUGUCAAGCUUCCAUUUUGAUUWUUUUYUUUUUUUUUUUUUUUUUUUUUUUUYUUUCCUGCUGUAUWUUUUUUUWUCCCCCCUCUUUGGCUUUUUUGCAUUGUUUCUGUUUCUCAAUGUUUGGGAAUAGUUAGUUCUCGUAGAAUUAGUGGCUCAAGAACUAAUUGUCUAAAGAAUCAGUUUUAAUUGUUUUAAAUAUAAAGCACCUGUUAAGGGUCAGUUGCAGAUUCCCACUUAGGCUACAUUUCAAAAUUCUGUUAAUAUAGCCUAUUAUUAAAUGACCUUUUAACCCUUUCUUUCUUUUAAAUCCUGUAAUAUCUAAACCAAAACAACAACAAAAAUCCUAAAUUAAGUUUAAGGCUAAAGCAAAGUUAAUGGAAUCGGUGCAAUUCAUUCUCUAUAAUGGUUUGUUUUUAAAUAGUUCUAAAACAAUUGUCCAAUUAGCCUUAGGCAGCAAUAUUUGUUAUUGUGCGUAGAGUUUUGAAAUAUAGCCCUAAUAGACACUGUUGAGAUGGACUGUCCUCAUAUCCUCAUUUUUUUUAAAUCUAAAAAAGAAAAAUAAAAUAAUUGUUUUUAAUGAGAAUCUGGCUGGUAAAUGGUAAUUUAAACACAGUUCAGGUCUUCAUUGUGAUUUGAUUCUAUACAAACUGCAUGCACAAAGUCCAAAAGGAAAAGAAAAAGAAGGAUUGGGACAAAAAUCUCCACAUGGGUCUUCUCUUCCUGUAGAGAAGGGAUCCUGCAGCUCAAUCCGAACUCUUGUACAUAUUUUAAAAAUAUCCUAAUUGUACUUACUCUGCCACUAGUAUCUGUACCCUCUCCAUUAAAAAUGCAUUAUGCUCCAUGUGUAAGCUUGGCUAAAUAGGUUACUAAAUCUGUCCAAAAGAUGUUUUUUGCAGCAGUUUGUCAAUAAAGCUUAGUUUUUUGUUUUUUAUGAAACCUUAACUGGCUUUAUUUGUCUCCUGUCCUGUUAAAAAAACAACAUCAUGGUUUUAAACGAGCAGUCAGAUGUAGCUGGUUUUCCCCUUUUGUUUCCUUCUUCAAAAGCGCUUUUUAAAUCUAAAUGAAUGUAUUGACGUCUGGAGGCUUUAACCGUACUAAAUGAUGUCUUGACUGAUUAUCAAAAGAGCACAACUUAUUCUCUCUCUCUCUUUCUAUACUUUUUAAAAAGGAGCCAGAGGUAAGACCUCUAAAAUAACCUGGAUAGCUUCCUAAUGUGUAUAGAGUUCUAAAGCAUUGAAUGCCUGGGUAUGUAUAAGACUUUUUCAAUCCUUAUACCUGUGGUCGUAAUCGUCAAUGAGAAUUUGCUUUCAUAGCCGCUUGAAAAUUAACUGAAUUCAAACCACCAUUCAGGUCUAGGCCUCGUUGUCAUGAACGAUGCUGGCGCGAUGGCUACUUUAGUAGAGAGUAAUGGCAGUGCAAUGGAGAGGAUGCUUAUAACCUAGACAACUCCACUGUAAAGGGACGACUAUUGGUCACUGAGCGUCCAGAGAGACGGUCUGCUGGAGACCGAGCCUUCAGAGAAAGUGGAGCAGGUCGCUGUGAAGAAGGUGGUCGGAUGAAACUCUGGGGCAUCCCGACGGGGAGGAAAGAGCGCAAAGAUGGCCGCCGAGUCGGGGCCAAAGGCAGAAGCUGUCCCUCAGAAACAACAAGAACCUUCUGUGAACUUUUGAGUCGUACUGGUGAAUUUGUGUAAUUAUUUUCUUAUCUUCGAAGACUUUCGAAUGCUUCUGUUCACGUUUCCUCUCCUCUGGUGCCUAAUGUAGCAGAAAAUGAGCACUCCUUUAUAUAGAAUGCCGUGAAAUUGUUUUUAAUUGUCAUUAACCCCCCUGUAUUCGACCUGAAACGCUUCCUUUUUUUCUUUGACUGAGGCACAUAGUCAUACUCACUCCAAAUAAUUUUUUUUUUUUUAUUAGGGAAUCAUUUUUUAAAUUUUAUGCCUCAUCGUUGCAGGAAAUGAUACUCAGCAGUUUGAGACGGGAAGCGUGUGAAUCCGGAGAUGUCAGACGCCAACGCAGAAGCACGUUUUGCAUCCAGACGCCGUCCUGUUCUCAGCGCUUUCACAUCUAGAUAGUUAGAAUUCAGUGAGACGACUGAGCAGCCGAGCCGGAGGGGAAGGGGAGGAUGGGGGGCGGGAAACAAAGACGGUCAUCACCAGCAUCCUCCUCUCAUCCGUCCAUCUGUCCAUCAUGUUUCUGUUGAUUCGAUCUGCCGUUUUCAGCCAUUAUCACUGAUGACAUUACAGCAGCCCGUGGUGCCGAGUUACACUCAGAGGUCAAAACUCUACUUUCCCGUAUUAAAAACAAAUUUCCUGGCGCUGAUCUGCUGGUCAGAGGCAGCAUUAGUUCCUUUCGGCUUAUUGGAAAAAGCCUCUGUUGAACGUUAGGCAUCAGGACUGGGAGAGAAGGGAGAAAAAAAAAAAACAUCACUGGAGAUGAAACGUCAACGGAGCCAUAUCCAAAACACACCAUUUUUCAGUCUUUAUGCGCUAUUACGUCUUGAGUAAUGAUCCCCACGUCUCCUAUAAUCUAAUGCCAGAUAAGUGAUGGUGUGGAAGCAGUCUCGUUUGGGAAUCGACAAACUGUCAGGAAGCAUAAGGGCGGAGAGGAAAGUAAACGUUACCGGGGUGCCGAUCGAUGAAAGGUAGACUUUUGAAUAUGAGCCGGGCCGCGGAUCCGUCGCUUUUCCUCUCUGCCCACGUCCGACGGGUCGGCGGUGCCUCGCCGAGGGUGGGAUGUGUUAAAAUGCAGAGCGGACAGCUGGAUCGCUUCCCCCUGGCCUUGACGGAUUCACACCAUCAGAAGAACAUCGCAUGCUGAUGCCUUUUAAAAAAAUGAAAAAAGAAGGAAGAAAGGUGACAGUGAAACACUCUUCCAGACGCAGCAGGACGGGCGGUAAUCUGGGGGCAGGAGGGGGGCUUAAUGUAUGCCCGCCUCAUGCCUGGUGUCCUUGAUGGUCCAGGGGAACUGCAGGAAAACCUCUGAAGAUUUAUAUGGCUGGAUUCUAUUAAUAAAUACUGUGUGUGUGCACUGUUUACACCAGGUAUGGGGAAAAUAAAUGCUAGUCUCAAAGAUACAAGGUGGAGGUCAGCGGCUUUAUUAAUUGUGAAUCCUAAUAAACAAAAUGAAGGUUAUUUUAUUUUCAUGUCAUAAUGUGCUGCCAGGAUCCAAACCUGCAUUUUGUGAUUGCAUUCUCUCUUUUUUUUUCUUGCAUUCCAGCUGCAAACGUCUGUAUUUUCUGUAAUUAACACAAAGUGUAUAAUUAUGAAGAGGAAUGAAAAUUGUACACUUUUACAAAUAAAACUCUCAAAAGUGCUUUGUGUUUGGUGAUCCCCGUUUACUCUGAUGUACCUAAAUAAAGGUGCUCUGAACUAA